AUGGGGAUGAGCUUGAAAACCGUGCGUGGUUUCCGUCCAAUACUUCGACUUUUCGAUCCAUCUACGUUUACUGCUUAUUUUCUGGGAGGACCAUCAUCGAAAACAACCGUAUUGCCAGUCAACGGAAUAGAUAUUCAGCCUGUAUACUUACCACACCCACCACAACCAUCUAUGGGCAUAACGGGUGUGAAUGGUUUUGAUCAUUGGAAAAUUGAACGAGUAAUAGCCGUAGCUAUGCUCGCUAUGAUUCCCGGUUCAUUUGUAUAUGAUUCCGUGUUUAUGAAUUACCUUUUGGCUGCUUCGCUUGCCAUACAUGCACAUUGGGGAAUGGACAGUGUUCUAAUUGACUAUUGCCCAAGAAAAGCAUUGCCUCUAGCCAAUGUUAUUCGUUAUCUACUUACAGUCUUGUCUUUUCUUGGUCUUUGUUAUUUUAAUUAUAACGAUAUGGGUAUAACAAGAGCACUGAAAGCACUUUGGACUAUAAUCUAUUAA